UUGCUUUGUAGCUUAGUUACUGCUUUAAAUUUAAUUUGUAGAAAAUCAAUUUUAUUCUUUUCGAUUCCUUAAUUUUAUUUGUUAAAUCUAAAUUUGUACGGAUUUAUGACAGCAAUAUACUUAUCUUUAUUACUCGAUCUGUAGUUUGCAUACAUAUUUUUAUCGCAUCACUUCCCCUUUUGAUUGGACAAAAAUAAAAAAUUUAUGUCCAUUAACACUAAAAACCCCCCUUACACCUUUAAUUCACAUUUGCUACUCUCAUUUUCUGUCUGUUGAGGGUCGAGAGGAAAAAUUUUCACAAACUACUUCCUCACGACUCUUUUUUUUUUUAAGAGUUGUUCAUUAAGAAAGCGAUCGGGCCAAGCCCAUAUGGAAAAGAACAAGAAAAAAAAAACAAUCAGAAAACCAAACAAAAGGCCCGAAAACACAAGUGGGCCGACACCCAAUAGGGCCCAGACCCGGACCCAAGAACAUGUGUGGCUUCCAAACCCUAAUUGCUCAUCUACCUCCUCUGAAAGCCUCCAUCGCCGCAACCAAAAGACACUAUCGCUGUCGCGCUACCCAGCACCGCCGCCGCGCUCCAACUCCGAGGAACCCUUUCCGCAAAACCUGGAUGGAAGGACGAGGAAGAGAGAUCUCCACCAUCCCACCCCGGGCCAAGCCCAUAUGGAAAAUAUGGCCCAGACCCGGACCCAAGAACAUGUGUGGCUUCCAAACCCUAGUUGCUCAUCUACCUCCUCUGAAGCCUCCAUCGCCGCAGCCAAAAGACACUAUCGCUGUCGCGCUACCCAGCACCGCCGCCGCGCUCCAACUCCGAGGAACCCUUUCCGCAAAACCCGGAUGGAAGGACGAGGAAGAGAGAUCUCCACCAUCCUACCUCGGGCCAGUCAUCAUCGUCGCCCACCGAACAUAACUAGAGGACCACAUAAGACGACCGGUCGCCGACGAAAGCACUAGAGGAAGAAGGACUUCUGUCUUCAAGCUCUCCACCCUGAGUCCGACGCCAAAGGUUGCAUCUCCGAAACACCUAGAUCUGCAAGGUGAGACAAGGAGGUAGACUAGAGAGAGGAGAGGGAAAGACAAGCCAGAUCUGAAACAAAUCCGGCCUCCAUCGCUUCUUAGAUCGGACCAUCAUCUCCAAAUCUGAGCCAACGGAUCGGAGGGCAAAAGAAUCGUCCCAAUACAGGGGAAGAAGAGGAACCCAACAACGGGGAAGACAACCACCCAACACAGGCGAAAACCUAGCCCAAAGAAAAAAAUCAAAAGGCGUGGAAAAUAGAAACAAAGCAGGAACAACAGAAGAAAAGCAACGAAAAGGAGGGGUGGAGGGCUGUCGCCGGUCGCUGGAGAGACGCCGGCAACAGCCCUCAAACUCAUAAUGAGAGGGAGCCUCUAGAGAGAAGGCAGAGUGAACAAAAGAGGAGAGAGAGUUUCUGCAAAGUACAUAACAAUUGUUGUGCAGCUUUCUUGUUCCUUUCCUCACGACUCUCUGUCAUAUAUAGGGGUGACUAUACGGUCCGGUCCGGUUAAAUUGGCCCGAAUUGAUCUAGUCUCAGUCCGGUCUUUUCGAGAAUAUAAGGAUCAAAGAUUGGAUUGGAUACAAUCCGUUCUUGAUCUGGUCCGGUCAUGAACCAGUCGGGUCUCAAUUAGGCCUUGAUUUUAGAUUGAGCUUGUAGGGAUUGAGUGGCCUGAGGGGAGAUUUGAGUGGCCUAAGGCCCGAAAGGGUGGGGAGGUUAAAUUUUGGGUGUUGGGCUCUCUUAUCCGGUCUUUAUUUGGUUUUCGGUCUGGUCGCAAAUGAUUUUUUUACCUUAAAUCUAGGCCCGAAAAUUUGAUUGGGUUGUUUGCUAUCCGGUCCUAGUCCGGUCUCGAUCCGGGUUAUACGAUCUGGUUUCAGGUAAAACCAAAAAAUCCGGACCAAACAGCUACCCCUAUAUAUGCUCCAUCGGCGACCCCAUUCAUGUUCAAGUUUCAUAGAUUUUGACCACAAUUGUAAGUGAAAAAUGUGAUUCGACGUAGAAGCAUUUUGGUGAACCAGGAGUGUAAAAGUAAAUUUUUAAAGUUUUAAAACGCGAUUUUAACUACAUGGCCUAUAACGAUUACAAAGUCUGCAUUUGAGUCCUCGAAGUUUCUUCCUCUACGGAAAAAAAGAAAGACGAAGAACGUUGUAUCAGCACGCUACAUAUUGAUCGAAAUCUAACAAGAUAUCAGUGGCAAAUCAUCAUUACCCUAGUAAUAAUGAUUGAACGAAGGAAAGAUACAUACUUCCAAAUAAUGAAAAACAAAGAUGAAGCAUACGCAAAAUUAUCAACACCAUAUAAUUCCCAGUAAGUGAAUUUGCACUACCAGAUCUGCUUGACCUGCCCAUGGGACAUCACAUAUCACAUCAUAUUCAUGAUUGCGAGUCUUCCAUCAGGACAUCUUCUAGAUGGGUGGGCUUUUACUCACGAGCCCAUGUAUUGGUAAUGGGCUUUCUAGUUCGUGGGUUUAUUGGGCUACGCUGGGCCUAAGUUGAAGAGGUAUGCAUACAAUCCAAGUGAAGUGAAGUCCAAUAAACGUGUAGGGAAAAUGAAAGUAAAGAAAGGGACCAGUUCAGUGAGGCAGUGGUUUUCCUAAACAAUUAGAGUCCCCGUGACCGUGACGAGAUCAAUAAUGUAGCGAAUUAAUUCAUUAAUUAAUAGGAUUAUGGGAGACCCUGCUAUUGUGGAAUUGCUUGUGCUCAGGGAAGCUAUAGUUUGGUGUGUGGAACAAAGUCUGUCGGAAGUCCGGUUUGAGGGCGAUGCGAAGGUGAUUAUUGACAAAAUUAAUCAAGGCGAUAUAAGAGA